AAAUAUUCAUAAGUUUGUGAAGUGUGCCAAACCAAAGCACUGCGCCGACCGCAGGCGCCGUCUGCACGUCGUUCUAUUGUGUUGUAGUCUUUUCUGCUAUUGAACUAACGUGUAAACAGUAAAUUCUAAAGCACUAUUUGAUGUUGAACUUGGGCACAAAGCUGGAUUUUGAAAGUUUAAACUAAUGGAAGAAGAGUUUUUAGGGUGCGGGAGGGGAGGCAGAGGAGCCCUCCUGCUUGCCGCCCUUCAGAAACAGACGAGGCGUCCUGGCACUGGGGGUUCCGGCGACAGCUCGGGCGAUGCCACCUCGCCGUCGGAAGAAUCGCGGCCUGCCAGCGGCCUCGCGCUGCCAUCUGGUACCAGCACGUCUGUGUCGAGUCCUUCUGGUCCGAGCCCAUCCCCGGCCCCACCUGUCGGGGCAGGCAGGGGAGCCCUGCUGGAGAGGCUCAUGUUGCAGUCUCGUGCAAGCACGAGCUCCAGCUCAUCCGGAGAGAUACCGUCCCCCACCGCCCCCCUCUCGUCCAAGCCUGUGGCUGGCAGGGGUCUGCUCACAGCCCUUGGGCGCAGCAUUGCUCACACGCCCGCCGGCAGGGGCGUCCUGUCCAGACUCCAGCCCCCGACUGCGGCAGUGGGCAGGCCAGAAGAGCCCACCGCUCCUCCACCGGUUGCUGCUCCCCCCAGCCCUCUGGAGCCCCCCGUUGAAGAGAUGCAGGAGCUCACCGUGAGACAGUACCGGGGCAAGGCUGGGAAACAGGUGUCGGUGGAGGUGAACUAUGUGCGACUGGAGACUGCGCCUGGCAUGGGGGUGUUUGAGUACCACGUCAACUUUGUCCCCGUGAUCGACUCCAAGAAGGCACGCUUCCAGCUGGUGCGCAGCGACCCCGUUGUGGAGCGCAUUGGCUGCAUACGGGUGUUUGAUGGGGCAAAACUGUAUUUGCCCCAUCAACUGCCGGACAAGGUCACGAGCGUCGUCGCCCCCCUGCCGACGGACGGCACGCCGGUGACGGUGCAGGUGAAGUUUGUAAAGGUCACCCCCCCAUCCCAGUGCGUGCACCUGUACAACGUGCUCUUCAAGAAGGUGAUGCACUGCCUCCAGCUUACCCAGAUCGGCCGCAACUACUUCGACCACAAGGGCAAGAUCCUCAUCCCCCAGCACAAGUUGGAGGUAUGGCCUGGUUACGUCCAGUCGGUGGGAGAGUUCGAGGGUGGCCUGCUCUUGAACUGCGACGCUUCCUUCAGGGUCCUGCGCACUGUUACUGCCAGGGAUGUCCUGUAUGACGUGUUCAACGCCUACCGCCAGGAGUACAAGACCAAGGCGCUGCAGGCCAUCGUGGGCAACAUCGUGCUGACCCGCUACAACAACAAGACCUACCGGGUGGACGACAUCAGCUGGGACCUGAAGCCCACCAGCACCUUCACCUACCACACUGGCGAGGAGAUUGCUUACAUGGACUAUUACAAGCGCAUCUACAACAUCGACAUUCAGGACACAGAACAGCCCCUGCUGCUUCACAGGGACAAGCCCAGGAGGGAUGCCCCGGAAGGGGAGGAGCCCCGCCUGGUGUGCCUUGUGCCCGAGCUGUGCGUUCUGACCGGCCUCACGGACGAGAUGCGCAGCGACUUCAGGAUCAUGAAGGACAUUGCGGGCCACACCAGGGUCAACCCGAACCAGAGACAGCUGGCCCUCCAGCAGUUUGUGAAGAACGUGCAGGCCUGCCCGGAGGCCAUGAAGGUUCUCAAUGACUGGGGCGUCAGGUUGCAGGCCGGGGCUGUGACCCUCGAUGGGAGGAUCCUGCCGGAAGAGAAGGUCAUGAUGAGCAAGAAGUCCUACCAACAUAACGGCACUGCCGACUGGGGACGCCUGCUCUCCCAAGACAGCGUCAUCCGACCGGUGCACCUCCAGAACUGGGUGGUGAUGCACACAAGGAGGGACGGCGAGCGUACGCGGGGCUUCACCUCGAUGAUGUCCAAGGUGUGCCCCUCGAUGGGCAUCCAGGUGCAGCCGCCCAUCAUGCGGGAGCUGCCGAGCGACUCCACGGAGAGCUACGUGCGGGCCAUCAAGGAGGUCCUCAACCAGAACGUCCAGGUGAUAGUCCUCAUCUUCCCCACGUCGCGGGACGACCGCUACAGCGCGGUGAAGCGGCUCUGCUGCGUGGACAUGCCUGUGCCCUCCCAGGUCAUCAUUUCCAACACGAUCGGCCAGCAGCAGAAGCUGCGGAGCGUCACCCAGAAGGUGGCGCUGCAGAUCAACUGCAAGCUUGGUGGCGAGCUGUGGAAGGUGGAGAUACCGAUGCACAACGUCAUGGUGAUCGGCAUCGACGUGUACCACGAUAUCACUCGUGGCCGGCAGAGCGUAAUGGGCUUCGUGGCCAGCAUGAACCAGAGCCUGACCCGCUGGUUCAGCAAGUGUGCCUUUCAGGAACCGGGGAAGGAGCUUGUGAACUGCAUCAAGAUUGCAAUGCUGGAAGCGAUCGUCAAGUACUAUGAGGUGAACCACAAGCACCCAGACCGCAUCUUCGUGUUCCGGGAUGGCGUCGGGGACGGCCAGCUUAGCUACGUGAGCGACUAUGAGAUCGAGCAACUUGUGCAGUCGUUCGUCAACGUCAGUCCCGACUACAAGCCGUCGAUAGCAGUCGUGGUGGUCCAGAAGCGGAUCAACACUCGCAUCUUUGCACGGCUGAACGGAGGACGAGAGUUGGACAACCCGACUCCAGGAACUGUUGUGGAUCACGAGGUCACAAGGCGUGACUGGUGUGACUUUUUUUUAGUUUCGCAGAAGGUUCGUCAGGGCACGGUGUCGCCGACGCACUACAUUGUGGUGCGCAACACCACAGAGCUGUCGCCAGACCAAAUGCAGCGGCUGGCCUACAAGCUCACGCACCUCUACUACAACUGGCCUGGCACCAUCCGGGUGCCGGCCCCCUGCCAGUAUGCCCACAAGCUGGCCAACCUGGUGGGCGACAGCAUACAUAAAGAGCCCAGUCCUUUGCUUUCUGAUCGGCUCUUUUAUUUAUAAUUGUUUGCUUGUUCACUGCCUCUUGUUUUUACGCAUCCAGUGUUGCUUAAAGUUUCCUUUUUUUUUAUGUCUGGUCUCCUGUUUUUCUAUAUGAAGAACAUUGUUCUUUUGCCAAAGCUGGCACUUUUUUUGUUUAUGCUUACGUUUUAUUCAUGUCAUGCUCUUGAAAGUGCAGUACAAAGGUUUUGAGCUAAAACCAAUGUAAAAUGCUGUGUUUUCUUUUCUUCUCUUAAGCAUUGAACAUCUUUUCGUUUUUUUACCUGAUAAUUGGCAUUGUAAGGUCAUGAAAGUGCAAAUAAAUUCCACCCUUUCAGAGUUAA